AUGAUUGUCUCUUGGAAUAUCAGAGGGCUGAAUAAAGCAGGCAAAGUUAGGGAGAUCAGCUCUCGUCUCCAAAAACUCGCCCCUGCAAUAUCUGUGUUAAUUGAAACUAGAGUUAAGGAAAAGAAUGCAAUUUGUAUUCGUCGAAAAUUGAGAUUAGAAGGCAACUAUAUAGAUAACUAUUCUCACCAUGAUAAUGGCAGAAUUUGGAUCCAUUGGGAUGAGAAGAAAAGGAACAUGGCACUGGUGGAAAGCACAGAUCAGCUGAUUCACUGCAAGAUUAAUGAUGUUAAUGGAAAUUUUCUGUUUUGGUUGACAGCCAUUUAUGCACAUAACCAGCUGCAAUGCAGGAAGGAAUUGUGUCAGGAUAUUGAAAGGAUUAAUGCACAACAAAAUGGGCCUUGGAUCCUAGUAGGUGAUUAUAACAACGUGAUGAAAACUGAAGACAGAAUUGGCGGUAACGAUGUUACAGAGCAAGAAUACAUAGACUUGACUGAGAUGAUGAGUAAUACGUGUUUAUAUGAAAAGGAUAGUGGUGGAGACUACUUCACAUGGUCGAAUAAACAGGGGGAUAAUGCUAUUUACUCUAGAAUUGAUCAUGUCCUCUGUAACGUUGAAUGGAUGCAACAGAACGGUAAUACGACGUUAACGAAUAUGAACCCCAGUAUAUCAGGCCAUGCCAUGAUUGUGUUACAUGACAGUAUUAAAGCCCAGCGGCCUAAAAAACAGUUUCGAUUUAUAAACUGCUGUGCUGAAAUGGAUAACUUUCAGGAAAUAGUCAAGAACAAUUGGGACAUGCCGCUAGUAGGAAAUCCAAUGUUUGCUGUUUGGAAGAAAUUGCAAAGGUUACAACCCCACAUCAGGAAGUUGAGCAAACCGUUGGCUGAGAUUCACAAGGAAAUUGCUCGAGCUCGUAAUGAUUUGAACAAGGCGCAUGAUACUUUAAUGACUGAUAGAUUGGAUUCAGGAAAGAUUCAUAUGGUUAAGAAAUGUUCUGAUAAUAUUAUUAGGCUACAAGAGAUGGAUGAUAGUAUGGUGAGGCAACGAGCUAAAAUUGACUGGCUGCGGCUUAGUGACGGUAACAAUAAGUAUUUUCAUGCCUCUAUUAUGAUGUGA